CAGGUUACAUUUAAGGCUACCAACAUGGAGCAUGUCUGUAAGGAAAUCAAGGAAAAUGUUUGUGUUGAUUAUGAGAACGGCGAAAUAAAGGACAUUAUGCUAGCAAUGGAUAUUUUGAUGAAUCGAUUUGUAAAUGAAUUAAAAACAAAAUUCCCUCAGAUAAAGAUUGAACGUCUUGCAUUAUGAGGGAGUAUGUCAGAGAAAACAAGAAUCUGGGGUACAGACCGUAUGUGUGAUAUGGAAUUUGACUAUUUAGCUAUAAUGAAGCCGUGGCCGGGCUGUGGUAACUUUAAAUUCAACCAUACUACUCCAGGUGAGAUGGAUGUAGAAUACGAAGUUAUAGACCCUCAGUCAGUUGCUGGCGAAUACGAUCAUUUGAGUCUAGACGUGAAACAUGUAUUUCUAGCUAAUUUUUAUAAGUGUAUGCAUGAAAAAUGUAUGGAAAACUUUUGUGCGUCGGUUACAAAUAGAAACAUUAGAAACAUCUCAAACGGCUGUCAGUUCUGUUCUGUAUAUAUGCAAGCAGGUAAUUUAACCUGCACUGACACGAUGUUAUGGCCUUACAUGCAGCAAUCGAGCAACUUUGGACGACUAAAGUUUUUGUGGCGGAGUAAAAUAAACUCCAUAAAUAUACCAUAUACGUUUAAAGAUAUGGAUGAUUUACUCAUCAAAGGCUAUAACAGAAUCGCGUGUAAAAGUGAAACUGCUAACAGAGAUUCCUCGCCCCUAUCAUUGAAAUGGAGAAAGGAAAAAGUGAAUAAAAUUACUAUUGAAGUUGACUUCAAUCCUGUGCUGAUGGUAGAUGUUACAAGAGUUCAAAAUAAAGCUAAACCUGUAAGCAAACUUGAUAAAGAUAAAAACUAUUUCCUGUUCCCUAAAAGUCGUGAAGUUGGAGUCAAUUCAUGGAGAAUAUCUACUUGGGAAAUAGAGUUAGACAUUUUAACUGGAUCGUCCACCGAGCACAGGUUAGCAUACACCGUUUUGAAAUUCAUGUCAAAAAAAAAUCUUGGCAUCUUUGAGAUCAGCCAUAACCAGUACGAACUAAAGCUGGAUGUUAUACGACAUAUCCAAAACUGUAAAACCCCAAAUAUCGGUGCACAUGUGUGUUUAUUAUAUAUCCUACACGAUAUAGCUAUUUGCAAAUGUGAAUGUAAAAGGAUGCAUCCCCUCUUACAUUUCAAUUUAUAUGAUGUAUUCCGGUCAAAUAAGUACGAUUAUAUAUUGCAUAUUAUAUAUCUUAAAGUAUUUAUUCUUCUGUUAGCUAACCAAAAAGGUUUAUAUUCAGUUUCUGAAGUACUUCAUGAUUUAUUUUCUAUUAAGUCGGUAGAAGAAACAUUCAGUUCGGGCUCUGCAUCAUAUUGCACUCUGUGUCCUUCGGUUUUGUUAGGAGAGAAAUUUACACGUCAAAAAAAACUUGAACUUCAACGUCUUAUUAGAAUAAGAAAGAAGAACAAUUCCGAAAAUGUAUUAUUGACAGUAAUAAAAGCUAUGCAAAGGAUUGAACGUAAAAGAAAGUUACAGAUCCUUAUUCAAGAAAUGAAUCUGAGGAACGUCCAAUCGGAUGAUAAAACCGAGGAAGAGAGCGCGAGAUAUAUUACAUAACAUAAUGUAAUAUAGGCAUGUAUGUACCUUCAGUGUCUUACUCGUACGGUUCAUUAUAUGUGUAAAGAGAAUGUUGUAGAAUAUGUGAGAAGUAUAUUCAAUAAUGAAUAUGAUCAGUCAUAACAUCUGAAUGGUUAGUGUUAAAACUCUGUCAUUAUUUUGAAAAUAGAAUAAGAGAAUAUAAAUAUGUUU